AUGGCAAAGAUGUGGCAGAAUGUCGUGAGUACAGUGAUGUACUUGGAUGGCGGAGCGCCAUUUCCAGUGCUAUCUCUGUGGCUUUGCUUGGCCUGGCCCUUGCCAUCUCUGCUUUUCUGGUUGGCCGAGCACUGCGCGCGGCGGCGCCGGGUCACGAAUCCCAUUUCCCAAGGAAACGGGGAGGCUCGGGAGCUACAUGAGACGCUGCUGCGGGAGGAGGGGGCCUCAUUGCCCCGGCUGGCGGGAUUGGAGGGCGCAGAGGUGAAGGUGAUGUUGGCAUCGUUGGAGCACUCCUUGCCACAUUUGGGGUGCAAGGCCACUGCCGGGGGCCUUGGCAAAGUCAUGGACUUGAUCGCUAGGCAUCACCCCACAGAUAUUCUGAUGAUACACCCCGAAAUAGCCGAAGAGGAGAACUUGCAGUAUACGCACGACAUCGAGCUGCCUUCCGUGCGAGUUUGCGUGGAUGGGUGUUGGGAGGUGGUCCAAGUGUUUCAGUCCCGAACCAGGGCUGACUCGGUGCGGAAAGAGUUCUUGCUGCUUUGUCAUCCCUGGUUCCAAGAGCGAACCAGGCGAUCCAUCUAUCCCAAUCCCAUGUCCAGACGACGAGUCCUUCAGUUCUUCUCCCUUUGGAAUCAGUCGGUGGGCAAACUCUUGGAGCGUUAUAGGCCUGAUAUCUUCCAUUGCCCAGAUUUCCACGCCUGCAUCGCACCCUGGUAUGCCAUUCAGACUUUUCCCCAGCUCCGGGUUCUCCUGGUGCUGCACAAUGCGGAGUACCAGGGCUCCAUUUCCACCGACAUGCUGACACCCAGUCACUGUCAGAAGCUGGCACAUAUUUUCGACGUGUCACCCGACUUCGUCCAACAGCACCUCGUCUCGGAGGGUCGGUUUAACAUGCUGAAGGCCGGAGUUGACUUCCUUCUGGAGCACCAGCAGGGACAAGGAGCAUGCGCUGUUUCACAGUACUAUGCCCAGGAGUGCUUCGCCAGAUACAGCCUUUUCUGGCAGCUGCCCAGUAUCGAUGGCCUGGACAACCCCAUGCUAGAGGAGGAGCGGGCGCCUCUCUCCGAAGACAUGCGCACAAAGAAAUGCGCUGCGAAGGAGGAAACGCAGAGGCACUUUGGCUUGACCGCAAGCCCUGAGGCACGGCUGUUUGUGUCACUGGGGCGAUUGGUGAGGCAGAAAGGAGUAGAUUUGUUGGCGGACAUAGCAGGAUGGCUGCUUUCAACCUAUCCAGAGGCGCAGCUUAUUGUGAUCGGACCACCCGCAGAUGGCUUUGGAUUUUACGCUGCCAGAAAGCUGGAGAGUCUGGCUGCCAAGCCUGAGUUUAGUGGCCGCUUGAGUGUGGUUUGUCAGUUCCUUGAGAUCCCCGACUUCCUCAAGUGGGGCGUUGACUUCUGCUUGAUGCCCUCCCGGGACGAGCCCUUCGGAUACGUGGACAUUGAGUUUGCGUGGCGAGGUGCCGUUGCUGUGGGAGCGCAAGCGGGUGGCCUGGGCAAAGUUCCCGGCUUCUAUUACGUGGCGCAGAAUCGCGAGAACUUGAGACGCCUGCGGCGGGAGCUGCGCAGAGCUGUGGCGACAGCCAUGGAGGCAAGCCCGGAGCUGCUGCAGAGGAUGGCGCAGGAAGCGCUGCAGAGCUCUUUUCCACUGGAGGCCUGGCAGGCGCGGCUGUCCCACCUCUACCAGGACCUGCUGGGGGUGUUGAACCGCUGCCAGAGCUCAGAGCUGGCGGACAUCCGCCCGGCGACCUGGCGAGGACCUUUGUGGUUCCCGGAGGUUGGGGCGCGACAGUCCAGGGCCAAGUCCUACUCCUUCGUGGACGACAGCAUGGAGGGCCAGACCGGCAGCUUCAGCCAAGCUGGGCCGCCCUCCCAGGAAUUCCUCCGCCAGGAGUUGUCAGAGGAAGAACUGUCCGAGCUGGUUCAGAAGAAGCUUGACUUCUUUGAAGCAAAGGGAAUAGACGCAGAUAUCGAAACGAUUCUCCAGGCCAUUGGGUCAGAUCGGGAUAUCGAGUAUGAAGACGGCGCCGUGAGUAAGUGGCUCGUGAGUCAGUUGUACGGCACAGCCCGCAUCCAUUGGCUGGUGUCUGGUGCGUACAUUGCCUGCCCACUGUCCUCGCUGCUGGUCCUGGUGAUUGCCAUGGAGUGGGGCAUCCGGGGUUCAACAGAACUCCCCGAGUGGUUCAAGAGGUUUCCAUGGUUCAAGACAGUCUUUGGCUCAGGAGGGCUGGACCCUCCGAUCCUGAACAUGCUGCUCUUCUCCGUAAGCGCUCUCUCCAGCGCCAUGGGUGCUCCGCUCUGGGCGUGUUUAGCGCGCAGGCUGCAGCCCCGGAAGCUCCUGUCAGCGGCGUUGCUGCUUCAGGUGCCUAUCCUUUGUUUGAUGCUGCUGGUGCAUCGCCCGGACGUGUCCCUGGCCGUCUUUGUGGUGUUCUUGCAGGGCUUGGCCAGCUCAGGGUCCCUGAUCUUCAUCGCCUUCAACUUCAUGAUGUCCAUCAAGGCAGACGUCAGCCAUGCCGCAUACCGGAUGGGCAUGCUGGAGAUGGUGAGAUAUGCAGUGACCUGGCUCAUCACCGCCUACAUCUUCCUCGCCUCGCCCUCCGCCCGCGAAGGUACCAAGGAGGAGCCGCUCCCAGCCAUCGUGUACUGGCUCUUGGGCCCAGUGGCCGUGCUUUUGGUGGCUGCCACACUGGUGCCUGGAGUGCUCUUCCUUAUGGCACCCGGGCCCUACCGCGAGGACUGGCUGCCCAGCUGGGGACUGCAGCACCUUUGGAAGAAGAAGAGCUUUGUGAUCCUGGCCGCCUCCGACAUCAUCGGAUGCCUGUCCCUCUUCCCAAGCACCUGCUACAUUCAGUGGUGGCUGGCGAAUGGCUGGCGGGGGGAGGACCUGGCAGUGCUCAGCGCGCUUUUCGCCUUGGCCCUGGCGGGGGUGACCUACCUCUGGGGCAAGGCCCUAGGCAUCGCCAUUGUGCAUGGCGUGGCGCUGCUGAUCGGUGUGGCCUUGUUGCUGCCUCCGCCACCCAUGCUGCGGGCCAUUGUGCAGGAGGAGGUCUCCACCUUCACCUUCCUGGGCCGCUCCGACGUGGCCCUGGCCAUUUGCUGCUGGUCCCUGAUCCUCGAGGGUGUGCGCUCCUCCUGCUGCUGGGCCGUGAAGGUGCGGGUGCUGAACAGCCGCUGGCGCCUGCUGAGCUAUGGCAGCCUCGCCGUGGCCCUGCAAGGCGUGGCAAGCUUUGCGUCGCCCUUCCUUUGCGAGUGGCUGGCACGGCGUCAUAGCAGCACCUUCAUCUCCGUGAAUGAAAAGGAGCUGGCAGACGCUGCGGUGAGCACCAUGGUGCCCUUGGGCCUGGCGCAGUUUGCCGUGCAGGUGUGCGCAGCUCCCUGGAUUCGACAAGACCUGGAGGUGGCCUCCUCGAGCUCCUUGUACCGCGAGAAGCCGGCGUCGAGGGUCUGGGUGAAGCAGACCACGCUGCGGCGCCUGCCCCCGAGGCUGGCCAUCGCCUCUGGCUGCGUGCUGGGCCUUGUGGCCUUGGUGGUGCAGGUGGCGCUGCUGCGGAGGCCCAGCGCCUUCGCCCCCGCCCGGCGGUGCCUGCAGGGCUUCCAGCGCCGCCACUGCCGCCCCGUCUCCGAUGAGACGGAUUUGAGGAGCGCGGACAGCUUCGCCAUGUGGGGCAGCGGCCAUUUUGGGAUCAAUGAGUUUGGGCUCAGCAGCACCGGGAAGUUCAACUGCCUCACCCGCAUGCGAACUUUGGGCGGCAACACCUUCGUCUUCUGGGCCUCGAAGGGCAGAUGCCAAGUCUGGCGCUGCGACGCCAUAUUGGACGAGCCUACGAGUGGUGAAGGAGAGGUUUGGUCUCAGCUCUGCAACAUGACGGGACAGAACCACGUCAUCGCGCACCUCUUCGAGUGGCCCUGGACAGACAUUGCCACAGAAUGUGAGACCUACCUGGGGCCAGCUGGCUUCACGGCCGUGCAGGUGUCCCCGCCCACGGAGCACGUCAUCGGCGACAGCUGGUCCACGCGGUACCAGCCGGUGACCUUUAAGCUGGACUCCCGGUCCGGCAGCCCCCAGGAGUUCACGGAUAUGGUGGCCAGGUGCAAGAAAGCGGGUGUGGAAGUCAUGGUGGACGCGAUCUUGAAUCACAUGGCAUCUCCGGUGGCACAGAUACCAAAGGAAGAUAGGGACGGUGGCAAAAAGUGUGGCGGCACCAAGGCAAAUGCAACGACCUCUUUGACUCCAUGCGAGGGUUGGUCAGGAACGCCCUAUGGAAACAGAGAGUUUUUGCAUGGCACCCCUGGCAUGGAUUUCUUCGAGAAGCUGGACUUUCACCAUUACGAAGGCAACUCCGAGUCCAACUGUGGCUUGCCGCCAUGGACCAACAAUCGGUUUCUUUGCGACUUGUAUGCCCUCGUGGACCUAAACACAGAGAGUGUUGAAGUGCAGAUGAAACUGCAGAAGUACUUGCAGGUCCUUUUUGCCAGAGGUGUCACAAUGUUGCGCUUGGAUGCUGGCAUGCAUGUCUAUUCUGCGUCCUUCCUGGCGAUAUUGCAUCCGUUCCCUUUUGAUUACGUCGUGCUGGAGUUCUUUCCGGGUCCCCUGCAGUUUGAAAAGGGCACUCUGGACAGAAGCACCGAAGUUGGGUCACUGACCAACUUCGACUUCGGCUUCCAGGUUUCUCAGGCCAUGUUUGACUCUUGGAAUGGGAAGUGGGUUGACGGGACAGCAAGGUUUGGAGACCUUCUUCACAUUGGAUCUCCACUCCCAAGCUGUGAAUACGCGAUCUGCGAAUCUCCAUAUCCCUCAGAGCAUGCCUUGCUGUUUGUGGACAACCACGAUCAGCAGCGACAGCGUUGGAAGCCGGAUAAGGGUGGGCCGCCCGCCAGCCCCGUGUGUCGUUGGAAUGGCAAGGACCCCGGUGACUGCCGGCCAAUAUACAAGCACGGUCUCGAAUACCAUCUUGCGCAGCUCUUCAUGCUGGCUUGGCCAUAUGGAGAUGCGGUGCGCCUGAUGUCUUCGUAUGCCUUCGACGACUUCGAGCAGGGGCCACCAGGAGUCCAAAAUGGGUCCUGGCGCGACAAGCCGCUGUCGCCACUGGCGCCAGUCAGGAGAUGUCGUUCGACACCCUCCACCUCCCCGGUGACGGAGUUGUAUGAGCAGGAUAAGAGCCACCCGUGGGUUUGCGAGCACAGAUGGAAGGGCAUCCCCGGCUUGGUGCGCUUUCGCCGGCUGCUUGGGCCAGCCAAGGUGCACACCUGGUCGGACAAAAAGGGCCACGCGGCGUUCAGUGCCAACGGAACCGCCUUUGUAGCAUUGAACCGCGGUUUCAAUUGGGUGACGAGGAUGGGCAGCACCACCGCUUGGUUGCUGCGGGGGAUGAACACCAGCCUGCCAGAAGGCAGCUACUGCAACCUGGCCCUGGCUGAAAAGCCGUUGCCGGAACGCUGGGAUGGCGCCUGCUUCGGCAGCGCUCCUGCGGACGUUGCUCAGGGCCUUGGAUCUUGCUCACUGCAGUGGAGUUGAGGCUGUUCCGAACAGAAUCCCGAAAUGGAAAGCGUGUUUGUCAUGCCUGAGGUCAUCGAUGCCCAAGGGCAGGUGCUGCAGGGGGAGGUGCCAACAGCAGGUGUAGUAGCGCUCCACGUGCAGUACGCCAAGCGAUCGAUUAAAAUGAUAAG